AAUUAAAAAGCAAAAGUCCGACUUUUAGUGAAAUAUAAAAGACCUGACGAAUUCUAAUUUCUAGCAGACUACAUUUUUUUAAAAACGAAAUAAUGGAUUAGGAACUAUAUUUUUCUAUUGCACUUUUGAUGCUGGUAAAUUACGAAAUUUGAAUGUUUAAUAUUUGGAAUAUAUAAGCCUGCCAAAGUGGUACAUCUGCUUCUGCAGAAGGUGGUUAUAUUUAUAAAUUGUUACAGGGCGAAGGAAAAAGAGAGUCUGUAGAAAUAGGACAUGUAUUAAUUUUGUUGUAGAAGACUGGGUAAGGAUAGCCAGUACAGAUAAUGGCAGAUGAAUCAGAUCCAGUCCCCUCUGGGCCAAAUGACAAAGGCAAAGACAAAUCUCAAACAUAUGCAAAUGCUGAAGAGUAUUUUGUUGCACUCAGGAAUUGGUUACAUAAUGUCUAUAUGUGGCAGAGCAUCACAGCAACACUUCCAUAUGCUUUAAUGACAAAUCAGUUUGGCUAUUCUGGUGCACUGAAUGCACAGCAUUUUGGAGGAAGUCAAAAUGGGACAAGCGCAUUUCUGCACAUACCAUCUUUACAAAACAAUGAUGUGCUUCAUAAUCGAAGGCCACAAGUUGCAGCAAUCAGACCAACACAACAUCAGCAAAAUACAGUUCCAGAGAAUGGUAUCGAGUAUAGAAUACCUCCCCUUUGGAAGAGGUUUGCUGCAGAAUUCCUGGAUUUCUUAAUAUUGUUGUUGCUGAAGUUGACUGUUACAUUUGUGGUUGCGGACUCCUUUCAUUUCGUUAAUUUGGACAAAUAUGUUCCAUUUGUGCUGCAACGAAAUUUUAAGCUUGACUACAAGAUGGCACUGGAGAUGACAUCGGAGAUUUUGUUAAUGGAGUUCAUACACAGAAUAGUUGUAUGCAUAUUUGAGACAUUCUGGCUGCAUCGUGGCAUGGGUGGAUAUGGAGGAGCAACUCCAGGAAAGACAAUGAUGGGAAUUCGUGUUGUUCUCUGCACAAAGGUGACCCAGAUUCCAGGAAGACCUUUGGAUGUUGUUGCAGUAUAUCCUGGAACUGAUCUUGGCGUGGGCUGGGCAUUUUCCCGUGCUUUUGUUAAGAAUUUGGUUCUUGCAGUCUUACUCCCAAUUUUUUUUGUACUCUUCAUCCUCAGGCACAAUCGGACUGGAUAUGACAUUUUGUGUAAUUCAAUAGUUGUGGAAGAUCCACCCAGACGGCGGCAUUAAGGGGCUUUUCUUUAUAGCUUUGGACUGGUCUUACACUGGUCUGUGGUCUACAUAAUAUUAUAUUUAGGCAUCCUGCUGCUUUAAUGUAUGAACUUAUAUACGUGUAUUUCUGUCUCGGAUGCAACUUAUCUUGUCCUACUACUACAUGUUUCGGCUGUAUACGACCAUCAUCAGGUGCAAGUCUAUCAUGCCAGAAUUGUUCCAAUGUAAAGAUUACAUUUUGUGUGUGAACGCAAUGUUUAUUAUUAAUUAAAAUAUAAUUAAAACAUAGAAUCAGAACUUAAAUAUUUUUUUCAUUGUAGUCACCAGCCAUUCAUUGAAAUAUUGUCACAUGUUUGGAAUCCAGAAGAGUUACUUCCAUGGAAACGCUAGAACAAAUCAUUGCGUAGGAAGUAACAAUAGCGGUACUGUAAUCCCAACAGUGAACCGUUGCAUAGAGAACACCGAAUCUCCCCGGAGAUGAGCGUUCAUGGUUAUAACGAGGGUUCAUUAUAUAGCAGUGGCCCAGGUUAUAAAAAGUGUUGAAGGCAUUCGCCAAGCUAGUUGGAAUCUAGAUGCUAUACGAUAUAGAAGAAGACAGUCUUCAGAAAGCUGCCGCAAGAGACAGUUGAGAUCCAACCACGGCCAAGGAUAGUUGAGACGUCAUAUUAGAGUAAUGGGCCAGAAGUCAGGUGAUACUGCAAGUGACAAUAAUUGUAUGGUGUGUAAGAGUGAGUGACCAAUAAAUAUUCGCUAAAUCCGAGAGCCACAUGAAGUUAUUUAUCCUGUGGCAUACCCAACACGUGACAACUGGUGUCAGAAGUAUCUGCUGAUGUUGGGUCCUGUUGCGCUGCAUCCCUUGUAGCGGCGUGGGUAUUGUCUGUAAUGUGUAAAUAAUGUGUUGUGUUAUAUAAUAUUUUUCUGGUUACUGUUCAGUUUUAGAAGUUUUGGUAGUAGUUUGUCAUUGCGGUCUAUAUGUUUUUUGCAUGCCCAUUGGUUGUAUGAGUUGCAUGUUAUUGCUGCGUUAAGAGUCUUUACUCUGGACUUGCUGUAAACGGUGUAGGUACAGUAACUCAGGAAGCCUGGAUAGCUCAGUCACUAUAGCAGCUAGCUACGGGCUGAAAGACCAAGAAGGUUGAAGUGUGAGUCCUAGUAGGUGCUAGAAUUUUCUCCACGUCAUCUGGAUUGGCUCUGGAGCCCACACAGCCUCCUAUCAAAUGGGAGCUAGGUGCUCCUUCCUUGGGGUCAAGCAGCUGAAAUGUGAAGCUGACCACUCACCUCCAACCAGUGCCGAGGUCAAGAAAACUUGGAUCUAUACUUCAAAGCCCUCAUAUAUUUUCAUGCCAUUGUGCUUAAUUAGUUAAGCACAGACACAACUGCUCAUGCAUUGCUCUCCAGAUGGUCAUUUGCACAACAUGUAACUCUGUCACUGUUUUUCUUAUGCUGACACUUGGAUUCUCUUCGGCACUGUCCAGGACAUGUCCCUCAAUGUCAGGUGUCUAUAUAGAGCUCUCAUCUUCUCAGUUGACAAAAGUGUAACUGGUCCAGUCUGUCCAAGUCGAUGAUCAAUGGCUGCAAAUGUUUUAUGGUUUGGGUGAUUGGUGUGGGAACAUUUCCUGGUAGCAGCCCCCAACCCUCCAUCCAUUGUCAUUUGCACGGCAAUACAUUAGAUAAGUUCUAAAAGUGGUUCAGAGAUAGGGACUAGCUCUGUCGAUUGGGCCUGACUUAGUAGGUUUUACCUGAAGAUGGGGACAGAAUCCAGUCUCCAAAACUUGUGUUUUGAAAAAUAGACAGGAUGGUGUUUUUGGAUAAAGAUAGGAUGUGGAUAAUGUCCGAAAACAUAAUACAUUAGAUGCUUAUUCCUCUGUUCAGUAAAUGGAUACCCAUUCACACUGCAGUAAUCACAAUAACACAGCACAGGAAAGUUAGAAUUUCGCACUACAUGUUACAGCAUGCUGUAGCAGCUCUUGUACAGUUUUCCACUGCAUACAAUCAAUGCA